UGGAGCUAUGGACCUUUCAUGCAGAGUAGUAGUUCAUUACUUUAUUUAUGUCCAUAUUAUCUACUUCAACGAUCUCUUCAUUACUUCUUGCCUUGCUUCCAUAUCAACCCACUUCCUUGGGCUUGGAGUCACGAAACUCGCAAGGAUGAGUUCUGCAGAGUUUCAAUCCCGCCACUUGCUUCUUGCUAUUGCUCUUGCGCUGUGCUUUAACCAAGUCUUUUGCACCACCAACGAAACGGACAGACUAGCGCUACUCGCAUUUAAGGCCGGCAUCAUUGAAGAUCCUUUCGAUGUGGUCAACUCAUGGAAUGAUAGUAUUGGGUUUUGCCAGUGGUAUGGUGUUACAUGCAGCCGGCGACACCAGAGGGUCACGGUCCUGGAUUUGCGAUCACAUGGACUCUCUGGAUCAAUCUCUCCUCAUAUUGGGAAUCUGAGCUUCUUAAGGGAAUUACGACUCCAAAACAACAGUUUCAGUCAUGAAAUCCCUACACAAGUUGGCCAGUUACGCCGCCUUCGUAUCUUACUACUAGCCAACAAUUCAUUUGUCGGAGAAAUUCCCAAAAACAUAUCAAUAUGCUCUAACCUUGUCAGCCUUGUCCUUCAAUUCAACCAACUAAUCGGAGAAAUUCCCACAGAAAUUGGUUCAUUAUCAAAGCUGCGGUUUUUUUCUUUGUAUAGUAAUAAUAUCACUGGGAUUGUGCCUUUGUCCAUAGGAAACUUAUCUUCAUUGGAGUUCCUUUCUUUAACUCUGAACAACCUAGGCGGGAGUAUUCCGCAAGUUCUAGGCCACUUGACAAACUUGCAAGUCUUUGCCUUCGGAGGAAACAAAUUGUCGGGUACAAUUCCAUCUUCUUUACUUAAUCUCUCUUCGCUAGUUCAAUUUGAUGCUGGAAACAACCGACUACAGGGGACUCUACCUACAGGCAUAGGCCUCAAGCUCCUAGAUCUUGAAUUUUUUAGCGUUCUUGGGAACCAACUUGAGGGGCCUAUUCCUCCCUCAAUAUCAAAUUGCACAAAGCUAGAUAAGCUUCAACUUGGAGAUAACAAAUUUUCAGGGAAAGUACCUUCUUUCGAGAAUUUGCAUAGGCUUAGUUGGCUUCAAGUCUAUAUUAAUCAGCUUGGCAGUGGAAAACCUGAAGACUUGAGCUUCCUUUGCUCGGUAACUAAUAGCACCAAAUUACAGUAUGUGGGCAUUCAUGGGAACAAGUUUGGUGGGGUGAUACCAAAAUGCAUAGCUAAUUUAUCCACCACUCUCACAAUAUUUACUUCAAGUGAGAAUCAAAUAUCUGGUGAGAUUCCAGAAGAAAUUGGGAAUUUUGUCAACUUGAGAUUAUUGGCUAUGGGUCUCAACCCAUUUUCAGGUGUUAUUCCCUCAAAGUUGGGGAAUCUACAAAAUCUAGCAAUGCUGCACUUAAGUUAUAGCAACCUGGUAGGGACUAUCCCAUCUUUUUGGGGAAAUCUAACCAAGUUGAUUCAACUAUAUCUUGAUGGGAACAACUUUCAUGGGCAAAUUCCUCCGCAUCUAUCAGAUUGCCAAUCUCUUAAUUUGCUUGACCUGUCUAAUAACAAUUUGAGUGGUGCCAUACCCCCACAACUUAUAGGUCUCUCAUCAUUAGCGAUCAUACUGAACUUGUCUUAUAACCAUUUGACUGGGGUUCUACCCAUAGAAGUUGCCAACUUGAGAGCUUUGACUGCUUUGGAUAUCUCAGACAAUUUGUUGGUAGGUGAAAUUCCAACUAGUUUAGGUGAUUGCACUACAUUGACAAUACUAAGGAUGGGGGGCAACCUCUUCCACGGUUCAAUUCCUCAAUCAGUUGAAUCCUUAGGAAGUAUUGAAGAACUAGAUCUUUCACGCAACAACUUGUCUGGUCAAAUUCCAGAAUUCUUAGAGGUAUUUCAUUUCUUGAAACUUUUGAAUCUAUCGUACAAUAAUUUUGAAGGCAUGUUGCCACAUGAAGGAGUCUUUAAAAAUACUACUGGUACCUCUAUUAUUGGGAACAAUAAGCUCUGUGGCGGACUACCAGACUUUCACCUACCCAAUUGCGUGGCCAAAAGUUCCAAUGGGAGAAAGAUCAACAUAGUGUUAUUGUCCACUUCCAUUACUUUUGGAGCUCUUGGAAUAGCACUUAUUUUAGCUUUUAUAUAUCUUUGUUGGUUGAAGAAGAAAGUAAAUGAACCAAUUUCAAGUUCAAUGGAUGAUUCAUGUCCAAACAUAUCUUAUCGAGUACUCCUAAAAGCAACCAAUGGUUUUUCUUCAACGAAUUUGAUUGGUGUUGGAAGCUUUGGUUCUGUUUAUAGGGGGAAACUUGAAGACAAUGGAAUUGUUGUUGCUGUAAAGGUGCUUCAUUUAGUUCGUCAUGGUGCUUUGAAAAGCUUUAUAGUCGAGUGUGAGACAUUAAAGACUAUUAGACAUCGAAAUCUUUUGAAGAUAUUGACAGUUUGCUCGGGUAGUGACUAUCAAGGAAAUGAUUUUAAGGCGUUAGUCUAUCAAUUCAUGGAAAAUGGAAGCCUAGAGCGGUGGCUCCACUCGAAUGCAGCAUUAUCUCAUGGGAACAAGCUCCCGAGAAACUUAAAUUUCAUUCAGAGGAUAAAUAUCGCCAUUGAUGUUGCUUCUGCACUGGAUUAUCUUCAUCACCAGUGCCAUAUCCCCAUCGUUCAUUGUGAUCUAAAACCAAGUAAUAUCCUUUUAAAUGCUAAGAUGGUUGCACAUGUUGGCGACUUUGGACUGGCGAAAUUCCUUCUUGGAUCAUCCAUUGAUAUUGUGGCUAGUCAAAUGAGCUCAAUGGGUCUUAGAGGGACAAUUGGUUAUGCUCCACCUGAAUAUGCAAUGGGGUGCGAGGUUUCACGAGAAGGUGACGUCUAUAGUUACGGCAUUCUCUUAUUGGAGCUGUUCACAGGGUUGAGUCCCACCAAUGACACAUUUAAAGACAAUUUAACUCUUCAUAAUUUCGUUGCAAAAGCUUUGCCAGAGCGAGUGCUUGAAAUUACAGACAACAUUUUGCUUGAAGAAAUAGAGAGCCAUUUGGGCCCCUUUGAUCCUAGGCAUUGCCUUCUUGAAAGCCAUGGCACAAUUCAAGAGUGUUUGGCUAUGGCGUAUAAUGUUGGAGUUGUUUGUUCUUACGAAGUGCCUAGAAGACGGAUGAGCAUCGGAGGAGUUGCAAAUCAGCUGCAUCAAAUUAGGGAGAAACUCUUUGCAUUGGGUUUAUCUGGAGAAGAUGCACGCCUAACAGUUUAGAUAUUGCUAUUGCACGAUUAGGGUUGUUUACGCAAACAGAAAAGGACAGGAUACUCGUUCAGAGGAAUUGCGGUCAAUUAACUGGCGGGAAUCUUAUUCACAGGGCAGCUUGGUUUAUGCAUAUUGACUAAGAACGGCUCGCCAUCGCUUUGUUUCGAAAUAAUCCAAUAUCAGGAAUUGAUCUCGAUUCCUAAAGCUAUAUUCAGUCAGCUACAAGCAAAAUUGUUGCUUUGGCGGGUGAGGAAGGAUGUAUAGUUUUUGGAUUCAGCGUUCUAGCAUACGGUAAGUCGAGGACACAAACUGACACUUGAUCUGCGUGAUUUUUAAAUUUCCAGUGGAGCAUCUAGAGGAGACUCAUGUCAGUACCCAACUGACCUUUUGAAGCGAAAGGCUAAAAUUCUUGAUUAAGCGAAAGGCUCUUGAUUAAUGAGUUCGAUGCAAAGCUUACCAUGAUGCCUUUCUUUCUAUCCCAAUCUAUAUUCUGUCAGGUACUUGCGAAGAGACAAAUUGAUGAUGAUGACCUCACAGCACGGACUUGGUUCUUUUAAGAGUAUAAAGCUUGCAAAGAAGGUUUGUUUUUUAACCUUAUUGAGCUAUAUUGAAUCUGUAAUGGCAUGGAAGAAUUUAAUUUAGAUAUUAUGCUAGUAUCGUUCACGUGAGUUGCCAAAGAGAAGUUUGACUGGAUGAAACUUUUCAGGAAAGGAAUGUCCUUUGAGAAAAGGUGCCUUAGACAAACUUGCCUUUGAGCUUGGAUCUUCAGAGGCAUGAGGUCAUUUUAAGCAGAAAAUUCAAUUGUUAUUUAUCAACAUCUGUUAUAUCAAGAAUUCUUGCACAAUACAUUUUUAUUUAAGAACAUGUGGUUUAUACGUAAGCUGCCCUGAAGUGGCCUCUCCAAUGGGUAAUUCAUAAGAUAAGUGCAUGGUAUGUUGCAGCGUGGCAGCGAAUUUGGAUUGGCAUCAUGACCAUUUGUAUGCUGCUGUUACUUUCAGCUUACUUAAAUUCUCAUGGGCUGUCUGAUGAUAGGUUGCAGGAAUGAGCAUCAAAUCAGGGGUUCCAUCCCAUUAUAUGUGCAUGAUUUUACUGGAAACUGUUCGUGAGAAAGUAACAUCUGAUAUUGUAGGAGAGGUGCCUGAAAAAGCAUAUUUCAAGACUAUGCUGAACUUAAAGGCCGGAGGGUAGUUUUACUUGGAAGUUUGGGAAAAGGGUUUGGUAACUAAACUGAGACUGCAAACAAUGCACCAGGAGCCAAAGAAAGCUGUCCAAUACUGCGGAUGUCUUGGUCAGGGCAGCUUCAAAUUGUUGGAGCAAGCUGCUGGAUCGUAUCUGUUGCACCUGCUUCUGUCAAACUUGCUCCAGCUGUUCUAAUGCAACUCUGCACCAGCGUUGCUUGUUUUGGGUGCAUUGGUUGUUCUUGACAUCCGUGAUUGUUGUUCAUGUCUCCAGCAAUAUUGACCAGUAUGUAUAGAGAUCUGAGUUACGUCAUGUUGGCGACUGUGUUACUCUCUUCCCUGUGUGGAUCAUAGUCAAGAGUGAUGUAAAGUUUCUCAGAGGUGGACCACACGCGGAUUGCAGACAUGACUGGAGAAAGUCAUUUUGAUUACAGGAGAGAAGUAUUUCAUUAAAGAAAUGAUUGAACCCAAGAUGGCUU